UGGCUCAAGCCGCAGUGCCUUGUCUUCUCGGAUGCUCGGCAUCGGCCGAGGGUCUCGAGAAGGCGCUAUUCCCCUCGAAGCGUCGAUCAAGAACUGCGGUCGGACAACGCAAUGGAGCGCAGCACUGCGGUUGCUCCGCGAAGGACUUCGAUUAGGUGUGCAACUUGCCCCAGGCCACUUCAUUGCGACUGCCAGUGCAUGCAGAAAAGGCGGGCAAUGGCAAUACGCGCUGUCAGCGCUCAGUGACAUGUGGAAGGCGAAGCUGGAACCCGACAUCAUCAGCUACAGCGCUGGGAUCAGCGCGUGCGAGAAAGGCGGGCAGUGGCAGCCAGCGCUGGCGCUGCUGAGCGAGAUGUGGGAGGCGAAGCUGGAGCCUGACGUCAUCAGCUACAGCGCUGGGAUCAGCGCGUGCGAGAAGGGCGGGCAGUGGCAGCCGGCGCUGGCGCUGCUGAGCGAGAUGCGGGAGGCGAAGCUGGAGCCCGACGUCAUCAGCUUCAGCGCUGGGAUCAGUGCGUGCAAGAAGGGCGAGCAGUGGCAGCCGGCGCUGGCACUGCUGAGCGCGAUGUGGGAGGCGAAGCUGGAGCCCAACGUCAUCAGCUACAGCGCUGGGAUCAGCGCGUGCGAGAAGGGCGAGCAGUGGCAGCGGGCACUUGCGCUGCUGAGCGAGAUGCGGGAGGCGAAGCUGGAGCCCGACGUCAUCAGCUACAGCGCUGGGAUCAGCGCUUGCGAGAAGGGCGAGCAGUGGCAGCGGUCUCUGGCGCUGCUGGGCGACAUGUGGGAGGCGAAGCUGGAGCCCGACGUCAUCAGCUACAACGCUGGGAUCAGCGCGUGCGAGAAGGGCGAGCAGUGGCAGAGGGCCUUGGCGCUGCUGAGCGAGAUGUGGGAGGCGAAGCUGGAGCCCAACGUCAUCAGCUUCAGCGCUGGGAUCAGCGCGUGCGAGAAGGCCGAGCAGUGGCACGCGUGCGAGAAGGGCGAGCAGUGGCAGCGGGCGCUUGCGCUGCUGAGCGAGAUGUGGGAGGCGAAGCUGGAGCCCCGCGUGCGAGAAGGGCGAGCAGUGGCAGCGGGCGCUUGCGCUGCUGAGCGAGAUGUGGGAGGCGAAGCUGGAGCCCAACGUCAUCAGCUUCAGCGCUGGGAUCAGCGCGUGCGAGAAGGGCGAGCAGUGGCAGCGGGCACUUGCGCUGCUGAGCGAGAUGUGGGAGGCGAAGCUGGAGCCCGACGUCAUCUUCAGCUACAGCGCUGGGAUCAGCGCGUGCCAGAAGGGCGAGCAGUGGGAGCGGGCUCUGGCGCUUCUGAGCGGGAUGUGGGAGGCGAAGCUUGAGCCUGACGACAUCAGCUACAGCGCUGGGAUCCGCGCGUGCGAGAGAUCGGGCCAGUGGCGGCAGGCGUUGUCGCUGCUGAGCGAGAUGCGCAAUAUCAAUUUGGAACCGAACGAAGUCAAUUACAACUCGGGCAUCACAGCGUAUGAGAGGUCGUCUGGCCACUCGGCUGGAUUCCCAGGCCAUCGUGGGAUCGGUCUUUCGCGUUUUUGAAUGUCUUGCGAAGCACUGUUCGUAUGGGGCCCAGCUGGGCAACCAUUGUGAUUACGUUGACGGGCUCCCAUAUUUUGAACUUGGCAGCGGCAUUCCAUUGCGCAGGAAGCCGCUGUGGAUAUCAUUACAUGGGUCCGCUCUGGUUGGCUUCAGCGCUCGGAUCAGCACGCGUGAAAGAUGCGAGUAUUGUAAGUGGGCCCUGCCGCUGCUCAGCGAGAUGUUGGCGUUGAAGUUUAGCCUGCUGUCGACAGCUGCUCAGCGAGUUGCGGGAUGCGAAAUCGGAGCCCAACGUCACCCCUCCUGACCCACGGCCGCCCCUCUUUCCUCUGGCGCCGAGAUGCUCCUCCCCCCUUGGCGCUGCCGACCACCGCCGCCGUGACCCCCCCGGUACCCCGACCCCCGCAGGGACCCCCCAAAGGAGCCGCUCCCCUACAGCCUCGGUCCAAACCUCUACGUGUGCUGAGGCGGCGCCCAAUCCCAG